AUGUCCUCAAGUGAUGAUAGCGACUCGCCUGAGGUCGAUUUCCCCGACAGAGCCAAAGAUCACAUUUAUCAUGAUCCCUUGAACUUGAGUGGCUCUGAUGCAAACUUGGAGGAAACCCAAUCCGACUCCAAACCCUCUACCGACUCAAAAGACACGUCGCAGCCUCGCUUUGAGGAUAAGUCUAUAGACUCCCGUCGAGCUUUAUCUUCAAUCCAGGUUGUUGUGCCAACUCCUAGGAACUUGAAUGACUACAGACCUUUGGCUGGUCACUCCAUAGUUCGGCAUGUUCUGCGAUUGGAGUCGGACGAUAAUGAUCUCACAACUUACUCUAUCUUACAUCGGAGUGGAGAACAACAAAUUCAGCAGAUUCCGACUCCGAUUAUGGCAAUGAAGGCUCGACAAGCCGACGUAAAUCCCGCCGCAAAACUGCAACUCGAUACACUGAGUUCUUUGAAGUCCCAGAGAGCUCUGGUGACGAAACCAACCAAGAUGAAGAAUCUAGUGAUGAACUGGGUGGCCCUCGUCAUCGUCACUGCCGUCAUCGCCGCCGCCGGGGUUUGCGCAAAGGGGAAGUCCAGAGGUAACACACGACCUGCGCUACCCUCCUCCGGUGACGAGUCGUCUUCCAGCCAUGGGAUAGGCCGCCGUAGGUCAUCACGAAACCGGCAAGGCAUUCGCAAAAGAUUCCGCGAACGAGAUGAGGAUGAUCUUUCUGAGGCAGAAAGUGAAGGUCCAAAAAAACCCAAGUAUACGGGGGCCAAAGAAAGCUUUCGACGUAUCCCUUGGGACGAUGAUUUCAGACAGCGACAUCUGGCGUUGUGCAUCACUUGCGGACUCUACGGAGAUGACACAGUCAAAGGGGAGCUUGUGUUUUGUCAGGGUUGCAGCUUCUCAUAUCAUCAAAGUUGCCUUGGACCCCGAACUACACGCGACCACCUCGUGACGAAAAUUAGUGAAGGGGAUUUCAUUCUCCAAUGCCGCUUCUGUCUGGGCAUGAGCCACUCGAAAUACGACAUCAGCCCACACACAGGGAAAUGUUCUGGAUGCAAAGAACUGAAUUCGAUGUCCGAACCUCUUAGACCACGUCUCUCGUCAAAGGAGGAACAGCAUCUGCGAAUGGAGAAUGGGGGUGUAGACCCAGUAACUCGCAUACAUCCGCAUAAAGUCAAUAGUCUCGAAAAUGUCAUGUUCCGUUGCACCAGUUGUGAUCGGGGAUUCCACGCCGAUCAUCUUCCGCCAGUUCAGGGUGUAGAUCCUUCGGACAGAUAUGAUCAUUACAGCAAACAUUGGCGAUGCCACGAAUGUGAAGUUGCACCUGGCUCCGUUGAAAAACUUGUCGCUUGGCGUCCGGUGGACCCAACUCACGAAGUUGGCGAUGGUAUCGGUGCUGCUCAGCUAAUCCCUGGGGACCAGAAGGAAUAUCUCGUCAAAUGGAAGGAUAAGUCCUACUUCCGCGUGACCUGGAUGCCUGGCGACUGGGUAUGGGGAAUUACCAAAACCGCAAUGCGUCGUGCAUUCUACAAGACCCCUAAUGCCAAUAAACCCAUCUUCAAGACUGAAGAUGCAUUUCCGGAGGAUUACUUGCGCGUCGAUAUUGUGUUCGAUGUCACCUACAUCAGAGACGGUCUCACAGAUGAACAAAAGAAAGACAUCGAUAUGGUCAAAGAAGCCUUUGUCAAAUAUCAAGGCUUGAACUAUGAAGACUCUGUCCGAGAAGAGCCUCCCAGCCGGAGCGAUACGGAACGAUGGGCGGACUUCAAGGCCGCCUUCGAGGAUUUUGUUCGCCGCGACUCGAUCGAUAACCCUGACCAGUAUGUAUUGAGCAGGCAUCUUUCUCGGGUUCGUCUUCUCGACUUCGAACAGAACUUAGAGUUGCAUAGGCAAUCGGCGCUUUUGGUCCACGGCGAGCUCAUGGCAUAUCAGCUUGAAGGCGUGAACUGGCUGUACUAUAAGUUUCUACAGCAACAAAAUUGUAUCCUUGCGGAUGACAUGGGUCUCGGAAAGACAAUUCAGGUCAUUGGACUUUUGGCGACACUUCUUGAAAAGCAUGCAUGCUGGCCCUUUCUCAUCGUGGCCCCUAACGCCACUGUCGCAAAUUGGCGGCGGGAAAUCAAAACAUGGGCCCCGGCAAUUAGAGUUGUGACUUAUUUUGGCUCCAGCUACGCUCGCAAGCUGGCCAAAGACUAUGAAAUGUUCCCUGACGACACAAGAAACCUCCGGUGCCAUGUGGUGAUUGCUUCCUACGAAAGUAUGGUGGACGACGAGUCGCGACGAGUCAUAGGCAGGAUUCGCUGGGCUGGUCUGGUGGUGGACGAAGGCCAACGGCUUAAAAAUGACCAGUCUCAACUCUACACUCGCCUAUGCCGUCUACACGUCGGUUUCAAGGUUCUUCUUACUGGAACGCCUCUGCAGAACAACAUUCGAGAAUUGUUCAACUUGGUUCAAUUCCUUGACCCUGAAAGGGACGCUGUAGAGCUUGAAGCACAAUACGGCCAACACGGCCAGCUGACCUCGGAAGAGAUCCGUACCCUUCACGAGAUGAUUCGUCCAUUUUUCCUACGGCGCACGAAAGCUCAAGUCUUGCCGUUCCUGCCACCCAUGGCUCAGAUCAUUGUUCCUCUUUCCAUGUCGCUUGUACAAAAGAAACUUUACAAAACGAUUCUCGAGAAAAAUCCCCAGCUGCUCAAGGCGAUCAUGAAAAGUCAGACAAGCGGGUUGGCGAAGAAAGAUCGGGGGAACUUGAACAAUAUUCUUAUGCAGCUCCGCAAGUGUCUCUGCCAUCCAUUUGUCUUCAGUCGAGAAAUCGAGGAGGCACAGCACGAUCCUCAAGUCGCCCUUCAACGUCUCAUAGAGGCGUCCGGAAAAUUCCAGUUACUGAACCUGAUGAUACCCAAGCUUCGAGAGCGAGGGCACCGUGUUCUUAUCUUCAGCCAGUUCCUGGAGAAUUUGGACAUCGUGGAGGACUUCCUAACCGGAAUCGGAAUCGAGUACUGUCGUUUGGACGGUAAGCUCACAGCCCGCCAAAAGCAACAGCAGAUAGAUGAUUUCAAUGCGCCCAACUCUCCAUACACUGCUUUCCUGCUGUCAACCCGAUCUGGUGGUGUCGGCAUCAACCUUGCUACUGCUGACACUGUCAUCAUCAUGGACCCCGAUUUCAACCCUAAGCAGGACAUGCAAGCUCUGUCGCGUGCUCAUCGAAUCGGUCAGAAAAACACCGUCCUCGUUUUCCAGCUGACAACAAAGGGGACUGUUGAAGAGAAGAUCAUGGAAAAAGGCAAAAAGAAACUUGCCCUGGACCAUGUCCUCAUCGAGCGGAUGGAGAAUGACGAGGACGAAGAAGACCUGGAGUCUGUCCUUCGACACGGUGCACAGGCAUUAUUCACUGACGAUGAUUCGGCCGAUAUACGUUAUGAUGCAGAGUCCAUUGACAAGCUUCUUGAUCGAAGCCAGAUUGAAAAGGAUACAACGGCAUCUACUUCUAAUGACAAUGCAGAACAGCCUCAGUUCGCUUUUGCUCGUAUUUGGCAGAAUGAUCGUGGGACCCUUGAAGAAGUAGUUGAGACGGAGGAAAAACCGAUCGAUUCCAAGUUCUGGGAGGAGAUCCUAGAUAAACGUGAAAUGGAGGCCAUGGAAGACCUCAAUCGCAAAGCCGAAGGAUUGGGACGUGGUAAACGCAAGCGAGCCACUACUUUCUACGGCACGAAGGCGGAAGAUCCCAUGGAUGACGAUGGCGAGUCGCCAGAGGAACCCACUCCAGUCAAACCUACCAGGGGCAAAGGCAAAGGCAGAAACGUUGAUAGCGACUGUGAGUUCGAAGCGAAAGAUGAUGCGGCAUCCUCGUCGGGUGAAGACGAUUCAACUUACUUUGAUCUUGAAGACCUGGCUGUUCGAAGUGGGAGCAGGAAGAAACGGCGCCCAUUCGUUCGCGGCACCGUACCGCCAACUUCCAGCAAUGACAUGAUGGACCUGGGAGGCGACGGUACCAUGGAUAUCGAGCGCCCUUCUUGUCCUGCAUGCUCCCAUGUUCAUGCUCCUGGUGCUUGUCCCUUGAAACUUGCUGGGACCGAGAGUUGCCCACUCUGCGGCAUUGCCCACUAUGGAGGUCGUCGUGUUUGUCCCCACUUGCAGUCCAGAGUCCAGAUCAAGCGGAUGCAACAAGCUCUCAAGAAUAGUACGGAGUCUCCUGAGCUUAUUCGCAUGGCCAGGAAAUACCUCACCAGCAUUAUUAAUUCGUGGGCCGCUGUGGAACGCGCAAAGGCAAACAAAACGGAACAACUGCCUACUUCCUCGGCGAAUCUUGAGCGUUUCUCCUACUCGAAUAAGCCCAUGAAUCAAGAGAACACUAACCCCAUUCCCCUCCCAGCCCCCACCAAGCCUCAGUCCCAUAGCCCGUCGCUGCCCCAGGAGUCGGCGAGAUUUCGUCCUCCUCGAACUGACCAACCUUGGCCGUUUGAGCGACCAGAGAACAUUCAGAAUCGCUGGCAGCAGCAGCAUGAGACAGCACCUUCAGGCCAAGUCACUUCUGCCUAUGUGGACUUGACUUAG